AUGGUCUUUUGGUUCCUAUCUCUUAAGUUACAGGAUCGACCUAACCAUGUUGGUUGGAUAACAAAACGGCUACUCUUCAAUGAUGAGCAGGGUAGAGAAGUCAUUGAAGAACAGAGCCAGGUGUUCAUCGACAUGAUGCAGCGAGUUGCAUAUUCGGACUUGGGAGACACCAUUCCAUUCGAAAAUUUCCCACCUUCGCCAUCUGACGGUCCAGUAGUGAAGAGAACUUGGAUUGUCGGUACCAGUAUUGUGACCAUCGAAACAGCAUGUGCUUCUGGUUUAAAUCAGGUCACCAAGAGACAAGCGUCUGGGACAACAUACUCUAUCUUCCAACAGCGAACUGCACCUGUCUUGCCCCAUCAGAUCCCCACUAAUCCCCGCUCAUAUUCUCUCUCUGACGACCCGUCGACUCAAACUUCGGUACUACCGAGUCAUGCUCUCUUGCAGAUGACCGCCUCUGCAUUCCCAACAGCACUCCCAUUACAGCCACUGCCAUUGCCUGACGAUGACUUUACUCGACGCGCAAUUAGCGCCUUUGAUAGGAACAGUAUUGUCGAUGGUCAUAAGAUCGGAGUCCUGUACAUUGGAGAGGGCCAGACCGACGAGACCGAAAUUUUCGCCAACGACCACGGCAGCCCCGAUUAUGAAUUCUUUAUCGCGAGUCUUGGAACCAAAGUUUCCAUUGAGAACCCGAAGUUUAACCCUCAGGGCCUCCAUCAUGAGAGAGAUGGCAAAUAUAUCUAUGCUUGGCGUGAUCGAGUCUCUGAGAUUGUAUACCAUAUCGCUACCAUGAUGCCCACCAACCUAGAAGCAGACCCGCAAUGCGUAAACAAGAAGCAGCACAUCGGCAAUGACUUUGUGAACAUUAUCUUCAACCGCUCUGGUUCCGAGUUUGACUUCAAUACUAUCUCAACGCAGUUUAACUUCGUUGAUAUCGUCAUCACACCAGCCUCCCGAAUAGGCUCAGAAGACCAAGCAGGAAAAUUCAAUGUCAACGACUUCAACCACAGGCUAUACACCGUCAAAGUUUUGAGCAAGCCCGGCAUGCCUGAAUUGUCUGCCGCGGCCAUCCCAAAGGUCAUAUGUGGGAAGAAUCUUGCUGCUUUUGUCAGAAUCAUUGGAUUGAACGCAUCUGUUUUCUCACUUGUCUGUAGCCACGGCGGCGAAUACAUCUCUUCCUGGCAGAACCGCCUGAGAGAAAUCCGUCGUCUUCGGGAUCGUGCAUACGCCUGCUAUUCCCCUGACAUCACUAGCCCAGAUGCCUCCUCAAACAACCUCACAGGCAGCGGUAGUACGUACGGCGAUGGCUCAUACCCAUCCUCGCGACGCAAUACCAAACAAACGCAACCUUACAAUGGACGCUAA